AUGAGCGCCCGAUUCAAGUCGUUCGGCUUUCCCAGACGUAAAGACAAGCACAACUCCGCUCCGUUAUCUACCCCAAACGCCAACCCCAUCGUCCCCCCCUCCAACGGAACUUCACCCACUUCACCACCUUCAAAUCGCAGUUCAUCUACUACAAGUCUCCCGCAGGCUAUGAGCACGGGUCGACCGCCAAGUUACUCGGUUAAUAACAGUAACCGCCCAACAAGCCCCUUGGCUCCCGGUCAACAACUCGUCCAACAUCCCGCCCCUCUUAACCCUUCCGCCAUGAAUCAAUACGGACAAUCUAUCCCACAACAAAUGAAUGCGCCACCGGGUUACGGUAUGCAGCCACAACAGUUGGGACAUGGUGCUCCCGCGGGUCUCCCUCAGCAGUACGCGGGACGCAACCCCGCCGCCGAGGCCUCAAGUGGAGAUCGCAGCAAGGCCCAGCUUAUCGUCGGUAUCGAUUUUGGUACCACUUUCUCCGGUGUCGCAUUCGCCUUUGCAACCAACAACGAGGCCAGGGAGGAUAUCAUCACAGAGUGGCCUGGUGCUGGAACCCAUACCAAACAAAAAAUUCCCACCGUUCUCUACUAUGAUCAGUACCAAAAGGUAGUGGGCUGGGGUCCAGAUAUCGCUGAGGCGCUGGCGCCCACCGGAUACCCCAAACCAGGUGUGCAGAAAGUAGAGUGGUUCAAGCUUCAGUUGAUGCUGUCGGGAAACACCUAUAUCGACCCUAUCAACCUGCCCCCACUCCCCCCAGGAAAGUCCGAAAUCGAUGUCGCCGCCGAUUAUCUCUUCAAACUACGACAGGCUAUGCGCGCUCAACUACAAAAGACUCUUGGUGAGGUUUUCACCCGCGAGGAGCGCAACAUCCGCUAUUACCUCACAGUACCGGCCAUCUGGAAUGACGCCGGCAAGGCGGCCACUCGUUCCGCUGCCAUCCAGGCUGGUUUCCUGCGUGAUGAGAAUGAUAACCGUUUGACGCUGGUGUCAGAACCGGAGGCAGCUGCCCUGUUUUGUGCGAAAACUGGAUUGCUGAAUCUGAAAAUUGGAGAUGCGAUCUUGAUCGUGGAUUGUGGUGGUGGAACCGUUGAUUUGAUCGCGUACGAGGUGGAGGAGGAACAGCCAUUCAGUGUGAUGGAAUGUACGGCUGGUUCAGGAGAUUCCUGUGGCUCGACAGCGCUCAACCGCAACUUCAGCAACAUCUUGCGAGCCAAGAUCCGGAAGAUGAAACUGCCUGAUGGUUCUCGGACGGCUGGCAAGGUCUACGCCAAAUGUAUUAUGGAUUUUGAGAACCGCAUCAAGGCUGACUUCCGUAAUAACGGACAAAAGUGGGCCGUGGAUGUUGGUAUCGAGGCCGACUUCCCCGAUGCUGGAAUUGAGGAGGGUUAUAUGACUUUCACCAAUGAGGAAAUCCUCCAGUGCUUCGAGCCUGUGGUGAAUCGCAUUCUAGAGCUGGUCCGGAACCAGAUCAUUGCUAUCCAAGCACAGAACCGCUUGCUCCAGAACGUUCUGGUCGUCGGUGGUUUCGGUGCCUCUGAAUACCUCUUCCAGCAAAUUAAGCUUCACGUGCCUCCACAAUACCAGACCAAGGUUGUCCGCCCUAUGGACUCCGUAGCCGCCAUUGUCAAGGGUGCCGUCACUGCCGGUAUCACCGAACGAGUUAUCACCCACCGUGUUGCCCGUCGACACUACCUCAUGGCCACUCUGCAGCCUUUCAAGGAGGGAUACCAUCCAGAGCAGUACCGCGUACCCAGUCUAGAUGGCCGAGACCGAUGCAAGUACACUCGCCAGAUCUUUGUCCAGAAGGGCGAGCGUGUCAAGAUUGGAGAGCCUGUGAAGGUCAGCUUCUUCCGUCAGGUGGCCCCGGGUGCCACCCUGAUGUACGAGGAUGUCCUAUACGCCUGUGAUGAAGAUGUCUGCCCUGAGUACACCAAGGAUCCUCGCAUCAAGGAGGUUGUCACCCUCACUUCGGAUCUGUCGCGCAAGAACUUGGAAACCGACUUUGAGCGCAUGGAUACCCCGCAGGGUAUCUUCUACCGGGUAUACUUUGAUAUUUACCUUACCUUGGAUGGCAGUGAAUUCAGCGCCGAGCUGGUCUGUCAAAAUGAGAUUAUGGGCCGCUGCCGUGCCAAAUUCCGGUAA